AUGUUGUCGAUCGCAGGCGUCGCCGAGUCGCUGGGCCAGAAGGUGGACGGCAUCAACCUCCUGGAGAUUGAACAGUAUUUGAAGGAAAGCAAGAUUGCUCGAAAGAUCAGUGGCUAUAACGACAAACUCGCCGAAGACCAAGUCAAGAACGGCGACACAAAGUUCACUAAAUCCCGACGUACCACAAAUCCGCCGCUACAUGCAGUACAAGCCUUCCUGCUGGUCUUGAUGAACAGCGAUGAAGACGGCCGUGUGCACCUCUCGAAAUCGGUCAUAGACGGCAAAGUGGUUGUGACGUUGUGCUAUCAGCUCCUUAACCCCUCCCCCUCUUUCCAAGAAGUUGUCGACGAGGCAAGGGCAGUCGUCUUGGCAGGCGGGACAAUGGAACCGAUCAGCGACUUUCGAACGCAGCUCUUUCCCCGACUACUGGAGAAUCGGUUUGCGACCUUUUCAUGCGGGCAUGUUGUUGCCAAGGAGAACCUGACUGCCCUUGCUGUCUCCCGGGGCCCCAAAGGUGGGGAUUUGUCGUUCAAGUACAGCUCGCGAGGGGACAAGGGAAUGGCCAGUGAGCUCGGGCAGGCAUUGCUGAACUUUCUCAGUCUAGUUCCUGAUGGGAUGGUUGUGUUCAUGCCUUCUUACGCGUUUCUGAACCAGCUCAAGGAGAUCUAG